AUGGGUAAGAAGGAAGAAGACUGUAAAAGAAUUACUAAGGGGAAAGACGACAAGAAACGUAGCCGGACGCGCGUACCAAGGUUUAAAUUCUUUGAUCGUGAAGACAAUGUGUCCACUAGCAGACGAGAAGAAUCGACAUCAAGCAGACGAGAAGAAUCGACAUCAAGCAGUCAAAGCCAAUACGAACUCUCCGACCACUACAGACAACGAUUUGGUACCCGCUCCCCAAUCGAAUAUAUGAACCUCCGACUGUCUGACUAUGAUUACAAACUUUCAAGAGACGAAGUAUCGAGCAUAUUGGAAAAUGAACUCAGUCAAUUUGGUCUAUUUGAGAUAAAAUUUGUGGAUCGACCAAAUAAAGAAAUGCGACUUGCUUAUAUCAACUUUGAGAGGCGUGAUGCUGCUCACAAAAUAAGGCAUACGAUGAUUCCACGUUUAAAACAACUGCUCGGCAAAAAGAUAUUUUUGGAACCAGCAGGUAUUAUUCGUGACCAGUAUGGCAAAUAUAGUCCAGAUCGGUAUUGCAGAGCUGCAAGGGCGAAUAGAGAGAAGGAUUUUCAAGAUAUGCAAAGAGAAACUCCGGCCAUGGGACGUAAAGUGAAGGAAAUUACUGCCGAUAUUUUGAAUGUACAUAGCAAGGAAGAAGAAGUCGAGCCGACUCGCACGCUCUUCGUUGGUAAUUUACCUGAAAAUGUCACUGCAGAAGAAAUUCAGAAAGUGUUUGAAACAUAUGGCCAUGUUGUCGAUGUUGACAUCAAGCAACCAACAGCAGCUGAUCUUUCUCCCUAUGCAUUUGUGCUGUUUGAAACUAUCGAACAAGCAAUAAGCGCCAAAUAUAACCAAAAUCGCAGACCGAUUAGACCUGGAGCUAACAAAUGUAAAAUUGGUUUUGGAAAAUCGCUCCCCUCUCAAACAAUUUGGGUUGGCAACCUUGGUUACUGGACUACUAAGGAACUGCUCAUGGCGGAGUUUGAUCGAUAUGGGUUGAUUGAGGAACUGGAUUACGAUGAAGGUGAAAACGACGCUUAUAUACGGUUUUCAAACGAAACUGCAGCGAUCGAUGCUUGUCGUGGAAUGAAAAAUUAUCCGCUUGGUGGACCUGAUCACUGCAUUUUCGUUGACUUUGCGAGGAACUUUCUAAGGCUUAGACGGAAGCGACAAUGCAGUUUAGAAGAAUCUUUGGUUGAAGUACAAAAAGAUGCCUCAACAGAUGAAAUUCCCAUUAAGCGGUUUUUUCUUAAAGACAAUUCAUCUGCUAGUUCUUCGCGCGAAGAGAUUGGUAAUCUAGAGCAGUUACAGAAAAACAUUGCUUGUACUUGGCAGGGGUAUCUUGUUUUUAGAAGACACUAUUUCCCAAUCAAAUUGUACCGCAUCUAUGGUUCUGAACAUAUGAUACAGAAUUUGAUGCGUAAUCCAGCUGAAAACGGUGCACCGUAUAAGUUGGUCCUUACCCAACGAACCCCAUUGUCUGAUACGGAGACCAUAGAGGAGAAACUUGCCAACCUUUCACAGGCGGAGGUAGCAGUAAUGAUUGCUGUCGCUGUGAGCUGUUCACUGGAAUCUGUUAUCAAUUAUUUACUUGAGAGGCAGGCAGCUGGAGUUGUCGUUAUUCCUGAAUGUUCUGUUCACAUUUUUCCACCUCAUCAGACGACAACAAAGUUAGUCGAUCUGGUAGCGCCAGAAGUUAGCAUUUUGAGUGAAAACUGUGGAUACCUUUUGCUAGUCUUACUGCGUGAUGAUCCUUCUGAAGAAGGCGCAAACGGUUUUUAG